AUGUCGAAAAGAGGCAAGGAAGAUCCAUACAACGUCCUGACUUAUUCGGAUUGUAAAUUUCGUUUUGGUCCAAAAAUGAACUUAGUCGCAGGACCUAACGGAUCUGGUAAAUCUUCCAUUGUGUGUGCAGUAUGUCUAGGAUUAGCAGGUUCUCCGAGUGUUUUGGGUAGAGCUAAGCAAAUCAAAGAUUUUAUCAAGCAUGGCCAAAUGGAAGCUAUUGUAGAAAUUACCCUAUUCGAUCUACCACAAAGUACCGUUAUUAAAUCAGUUUUUAAGCAAAAUAGCGAUAUGCAAGGCAGUACUAGUAACUGGUUCAUAAAUGGAACACAAAGUUCUAAAAAAAAGGUUGCAGAAUUAGUUAAAUCUUUCAACAUUCAAGUGGAUAAUCUUUGCCAAUUUCUACCUCAAAUCAAUCCAGAGUUAUAUCAAAAACAUCAAAAAUUAUUAAAUUUUCGAUCUGGAGAAGACAAUCAAAUGAAAGAAAUUAACAAAAGGGAAGAACAUUUAAAAGAUCUUGAAAGUAAAAAUCAAGUGUUGCAUCAAAGAGUGCAAAGAUAUCGAGAACGCGAAAAGCAUCAAGAUAAACUUCGACUACUUAAAAUAAAACGCUGUUGGGUGGAAUAUAACAACCAACGAAUGAAAUAUUUCCACAGUAAGAAAGAGUUACAGAAACUAGAGGAUGAAUUAAAAGCAUUACGAGAAUCUCACACGCCUCAGAUAAAUGCUAUAGAUAAGCUGAGAGAAAAGCGUACUAAUUUAAAAUUCAAAGUCGACAAACAGUCGACGGAUAUAAAGAAUGACCAGAACAAGAUUCGAGCUUGUAAAAGCGAUAAUUAUAAACUUAUUAAGAAGGCUGAAAAUUUAAGGAAUGAUUUCAAACUCAAAGAGAAACAUAACCAAGAAAGAGUAACAAGAUAUUGCUUGGCUUUGUUUUUAUAUGAAGAUAUUGAAACAGAUCUCAAUAAAGCCAAUGAUGUCAAGACAGCAAGAUUAGAUAUUGUGAGGGGCUAUUCAAAGGAUACCUAUCAGGCGGCAAAAUGGCUAAAUGAGAAUAAGAAUGAACGCCAAUUUAAGAAUCCUACUGAAAUUUGGGGUCCUAUCGCAGUUGAGAUCAAUGUAAGAGAUCAACGUUGUGCAAAAUAUGUGGAGAACCAUAUAGCUUUACGCGAUAUGAUGGCAUUCGUCUUCUCUAAUAGUGAUGAUUCGAAGACGUUCCUUCAGGAGGUUCGUGAUAAACAGAAGCUAAAUGUCAAUGCAAUUGUUCCCAAUGGUCAGCCGAUGGAUCAAUAUAAACCGAUUCAUUCUAUAGAUAACAUUCGGUAUUUUGAAUAUUGUAUUACUGAUAGUGUUCAACUCGUAGUAACUCCUAUCAAAAAGAUUGUAAGUGACUUGAAAAUAGACGACUUUUAUGUCGCAAAUGAUCAUCAUGUUUGUCGGCGAUCGAGAUAUGGCCAAAGAGAAAUUUCAACACGAAUUACAGCUAUCAGAGAUGCAAGGUACCUUAAUAUCAAUGUGGAUACAGAACAUGUCGAAGCCUUGAAUAACAGAAGAUCUGAAUUGCAAGAGCAAGUCAGAUCUGUACAGUCUGAAAUUGCAAAUAUUAAGGAAAAUCUUAAACCAAUUGAGGCAGAGAUUGCAACAAUAAAUCAAAGCAAAAAAAUAAUGGAAAAUAGGAAGUCUAGAAUAGUUGUUUUAGAAACUAAAAUUAAUGGAUAUCGGAAAAGUAUUGAACAAGAAGAAGCUGUCUACUUUGAUAAAGACGAAGAAGAAAAUAAACUAUUUAAAAAUUUAAAAAAUAUAGACAAAGAGAAAUUAGAAUUAACUAAAAGAAUGGCGAGUAUUGUAGAGCAAUACGUUGACCGCGUCAAAAAGAAUGUCAUAGACCUGGUCAAAUUGUUAGACAUUAACCGAGAAUAUGAAUACUAUUCGGAAAUAUUGGCUAGGGCCGAAAAAGAAGCUACAGAUGUCAUUGAGCAAAGAGCUAGGAAAAUGAAGGAGACUCAAGUGCUAAAGGAUGCUGCUAAGAAUGCAUUAAAUGUUGCCAAGAAAGAAAGUAACGUUGGACAGAAAGAAAAUCUACCAAGGGAACUACAGGAACAAUUGUCACUGGAGCCAGAUGAUAUCGAAGAGAUUAAUGAAAAGAUUCAGGCAGAGAAAUCGAAAUUGCAAUUAAAUACUCAAGAUGAUGCAUCUGUAACUGCCGGCAUUUAUUUUUAUGUUUUUGUUGUUGAUGAAUAUGAGAAGAAUAAUUCUGCUAUAACGGCGCUUAAGAAAGAGAUUUCAAAGAUGAAAGGAAAGAUCUACGCUGAAAAGUAUAAAGUAAAAGAAUGCAUUGAUAGCUGGACUACAGGUAUUAAGCAUAUGACUGCCGGUAUAGAUCAGAAAUUUCAACAUUUCUUUAACAAGUUAAAUUGUGUUGGAGAAAUAAAAUUGCGUACAAAUAAGGAUGAAGAUUUUUCUAAGUUUGCCAUCGAAAUUUGGGUUAAGUUUCGUUCGACCGACAAAGUUCAGUUACUAGAUAGUCAUUUACAAAGUGGUGGAGAGCGGAGUGUUGCUACCAUAAUCUACUUAAUUUCCCUUCAAGAGUUUACUAUUUGUCCGUUUAGAAUUGUCGAUGAAAUUAAUCAGGGUAUGGAUCCACAAAAUGAAAAAAGGAUAUUCGAGUUUGUUCUAGAAGUAUCAUCCAAUUCUAAAGUAUCUCAAUAUUUACUUAUUACGCCUAAGUUGUUACCAAAUCUAUGCUAUGAUGGUAAAUUGACGGCGUUAUUCAUUUACAAUGGUCCGAAUAUGUUGGAUCAGCAACAAUGGAAUUUAAAGCGUUUCAUUGGUAAAAAGCACAUCGAGGGAAAAAAAUGA